AGGAAGGAAGGAAGGAAAGAAGAGAGAAAAGAAGGAAGGAAAGAAGAAGGAAGGAAGGAAGGAAGGAGCAGCGGCCGCAGCUGCACCAUGUGGCCGGCUGGCACGGCCGGCAAGCUGCCGGCUCCUCGGGACUCGGCCCUGCGGAAGGCGGCGUUCUCCGGCAACCUCUCGGCUCUGCCUUUGCACCUGGCGCCCAGCGGUCGACGCGUGCGGGUCUUCGUCAGCGCCAACCCCGAAGAUACCGUCGCAGAAAGGAACGCAUUACGAGAACACGUGUACCCCAAGCUGCGGGAAUUCUGCAGAGAAAACUAUGGGAUGGAAUUCCAGGUCAUUGAUCUAUACUGGGGAGUGGACCCCGAAGAGUGGGACAGUCCAGACCUUCAAAAGACGCGUAUGAGGCUCUUAGAAGAUUGUCUGAAAACAUCAGCAGGUCCAUGUUUUGUUGGUCUUUUGGGAGAAAAAUACGGAGGUAUCCGGAUACCGGGGGAAGUGGAAUCGUCAGAGUUUGAAAUGAUUCUGGAUGCAGCUAUUGAGGCCAAGCUGGAAACCAAGAUUUUGGAAGAGUGCUACUGCCGGGAUGAGAAUGCGGUGCCCCCAACUUAUUACCUCAAACCAAAAUCUGAAAUUCUGAAGAUCAAUCCCAAUAUGAUGGAAGCCUCUUGCAACCCUGCCAGACAGAGCAAAUGGCAAGAUGUAUCAGAAGAAAUAAAGGUGAUGUUUAAGACAGCUGUGAAGAUACUGUAUGAAAAGGGGAAAAUGAAACACAGUCAAGCAAACAGAUAUCUUUGCUCUGCUAUUGAAGAUGAAUUCGAUUUUGCCUUAGGAAAUCAGACACCAGCUUUUUUAAAGAAAUGUGUUUGCUACAUCCGGAAGAUUGCCAACAUCGAACGUUUUGUGAAAGUUCCCGAGAUGGAGAAAUACAUGGACGUACUUCACGGAGGCGGGAAAUUCCUGAGGGAUCCAGAAGCGCUGGAGAAACUCGUGAAACUCAGGGAUGAAUUUGUACCUACCAUUGUGGCUUCCUCCAAUUUGAGGGUCUACACUUCGGUUACCCAUUGUGACAUCAAGUACGGUUACACCCAAGAAGUGGAGAGCCACUACAUCGAAGGACUGGGCAAACAAUUCUACGAAGACAUGGUGGACAUCAUCCAAGCAACAGUGCAACAGAAUUUUGACAUAGAGACGGACUGGAUUUAUGAUGAAGUCCUGCAACAUUCUUCUUUGUGUAGAUCCUACUCUUCCUUCUAUGAAUAUAGAUGUGAUGCUAGAACGAUAAUGCGCAAAUAUCUCUUGCCUAAGAAAAUGGGCCAUGUUAAUCCUCUUCUCCUAUAUGGAGGACCGUGCACUGGAAAAACAUUCUUAUUAGCAGAAGUAGCAAAGAAGGCUUAUGCAUGGCUGAAGGAAGAAAUGGGGCCCGAAUCUGAUCCUGUGGUGAUUAUAAGGUUUGUAGGACUGACAGAGAGGAGUACAGACCUGAGGAAUCUGCUUCAAAGUAUUUGUGAACAGUUGGCUGUUAACUAUCGAUGCCUUGUGCACAGCUACCCGAAAAAGAUCCACGAUCUCCAAGACUUGCUUGUUAACCUUCUGAAUGAGUCUUCCUUUCACCGACCCCUGGUUUUAAUUUUCGAUGCCCUGGAACAACUGGCCGAAAACGAUGACGCCAGGAAAUUGUGGUGGCUUCCUGUCCACCUGCCCCGUUCGGUGCGAAUUAUCUUGUCCACCCUGCCGAACAAACACGGCAUCCUGCAAAAACUGAAGAGCCUUAUCUACGACGAAGACAACUACAUUGAAUUGACAGCCAGGGACAGAAAGAUGUGCAGUCAAUUCCUCAAGCACCAGUUGCUCCAGGUGAAGAGAAAAGUGACCUCGGGCCAACAAAUCUACGUCAACGAAGCAUUCUCCAAGUGCACCUUGCCUAUGUUUGUCAACUUAACCUUUCAAGAAGUUCGAAAGUGGAGAUCCCACAAGGAUGUCGAUGGGUCUUCCCUCUGUGUCACUGUUCACGACAGCAUAGAACAGAUGUUCUGGUCUCUGCAGAACAGCUGUGGGCCCAAACUUUUAUCACGAGCCCUUGGCUAUAUCACAAUGUCCAAAUCCGGCUUGAGUGAAAUGGAAUUGGAAGACAUUUUAGCUCUUGACAAUACCGUCAUGCUUGAACUAAGUCAGAGCAUCCAGAACCUCAACCCGCUGAGGGUACCUUACAUCUACAUCGCAAAACUAAAAGAAGGAUUAGCAGGAUACCUGAUACAAAGACAAGUGAAAAAUGUGACUCUUCUAGUCUGGGCUAAUCGGCACCUACAGCUGAUUGCCCAAAAGAUUUAUCUUCACAACGAAGGAGAUGUGCAUGAGAUGCACACUGUCAUUGCAGAGUAUUUUCUAGGAGUUUGGUCUGGAGGCCGAAGGAAAUCUCUGUACGGUGAAGAUCAAUAUCUGAACGGCUGUCUGGACAGUGACAGCAGGAGUAUGAAUGACGAGGAGAGACACAUGAUGGACCACGUGAAUUUUGAUAGGCAAUCUCCUGAUCAGCCUUGGGUCUUCCAGUGCAACCCUUUGGAGCCCGACAUUUUUUUCAUUAACCACCGGAAAAUGACUGAGCUUUUGCACCACCUGACCAAGUGUGGGAAAACCGAUGACAUUUUGUACGGUGUCAUCAUGAACUUCAGCUGGCUUUACACCAUGAUUAAAAUUGGGCAGUUCGACAAAGCCCUUUCCGAUGUGGAGCUGGCCUAUAACUACUCACAAGAAAAAGAGCUGAAGUUUUUAGCAAACACACUGCGGGCCAUCAAAUACAAAGUGAUAAAAUACCCAGGGACCCUUUCCGCUGAAUUACAACAGAGGUUACUCCCAGUGAUAAGUUCCUUGCCCAAACUGAGACAGCUUCUUCUCGAGUGUGACAAAGAUGGUCCUAAAUAUUGUUCUAUAGUUCCACUUCAUUCUUCUAUGGAUGUAACUUAUAGUCCUGAAAGACUACCUCUCUCUUCCAACUGCUCUCAAGUGACCGAAAUCUUACCUACCUUUAAUCCAAGUAUAGUUAUUGUUGCUCUAGAAAAUGGGUCUAUCAGUACCUGGGAUGUUGAGACUCGCCAGCUCUUAAGGCAAAUUACAACCACUCAGUCAGUUAUUUUGGGCAUGAAACUGACAAGCGAUGAAAAAUACCUUGUGGUGGCCACCACCAAGAACACGCUCUUGAUUUAUGACAAUCUAAACUCUUGUCUUCUCUCUGAGGUGGAAAUUAAAGGAUCGAAGCAUAGCGGAAUUGGAGUGAGUUCCAGUUUUAUAAAUGGUUUUACCCUCUCAGUAAACCACGUACUGUCAUGGUUGGAAGCUAGUAAGGACAUUACAGUGAUUGAUCUACUCUACGGAUGGCCACUAUAUCAGUUUCACUGUUGGUAUGAAGUCACCUGCGUCCAGUGUUCAGGAGAUGGGAUGUAUGCUUUCUGUGGACAACAUCUGAACACGGCAUCAAUAUUUCAUUUGGGCAGCGGCGACAAGCUAGCCACAGUGACCUCCGAAUUUUUGGGAGGGUUUGUCAAGUUUCUUCUCAUCUUAGAUGCAGCUCAAGAGAUGGUCAUGGUGGACAGUGAAGGGGCCCUUUCUAUUUGGAACACAGAGGAAAUUGCGCAUCCUCAAUUAAUGGAUGACUUUGAUUGUAGGAGGGGGGAUAGUGAUUUUGUCAGCCUUGAACUUGCUGAAGACCAAAGUGCCAUUUUAAUCUGCAAGUCUCUCAGUAUUGACCUGCUGGACACUAGCAUGUGGAAAGUUGCAGAAAAGUUUAAAGCGAAAAGGAAUGAGCGCUUUGUCUCAGCCGCUUUAUCCAAAAACGGAGAUUAUAUCGUUGCAUCUAUUGAAAAUACCUCUGCCAUUUUCAUUUGGAGGAGAGAUACCGGACAGUGCAUGGCGAGCUUACAAGAAAUCUCAGGAAACAUUGUCCGGUUGAUUAAGUCAAAUCAUCACAACAUGCUGCUCUCCUUGUCCACCAGUGGGGUUCUUUCGGUAUGGGACAUUGAUAUUAUCACUGCAAUGUCCAACAUUGACAAAACAGGCAAGCCAAUCCAAAGACUCGUUUUGCCCUCCAAGGGGGAAGCAAUUUACACACUGGAUGGAUCUGAAGCUAUCCAUAAAUGGAACUUCAGCACAGGCUUCAUUGAAGCAGUAUUUAAGCAUGAAAGCCCGGUUGAAAGAUGCGUCCUAACUUCCAAUGGGAAAUUGAUGAUUACGUCGGAUGACAAAUGCAGCCAGUAUGUGUGGCAAACGGGUUCCGGCGAAAAUCUCUUCCGCAUCAAUGGGCAGAGGAUAUGCCAACUGUUGAUCACCCACAAUGACCAGUUUGUGGUCUCCCUCUGUGAGCAAAAUGCAUCAAGGGUGUGGAGGCUGUCUACCGGACACCGCGUCUGCAACAUUCUUGUGGCCUUGCAGAACGCGUUUAUAACCACCGCGAACACCUUUGUGGUUGGCAUGACAAAGAACAAAAUCUUAGCGGUCAGCCUGUGGACUGGCAGCAUAACCAAAAAGUUCUCUUGUGACGAUGGCAUUGCCAUUGUGGAUAUCAAGCUCAUCCCAGACUGCCCGGAUAUUGUGGUCUUUAUCACGUCUGCUGAAACCGUGAACAUCUACAGUCUUACUGAGGAAGUCGUCUCUAGACGUUUACAGCUGCCUAAUAGUGUCCUGAAAACGUUAGAGGAUUUUGAAAUAUCGCCCAAUGGAAAACUGGGGAUUCUCUCUUGCGGGGAUGAGAAUAUCAACAUCCUGGACCUUCACAGCGGCAAGCUUCGAGUGGUCCACGCUUCGGGUAUCAUAUGGAGGCAGAAGCUAUCUCAGGACGGACGCUACCUGGUCUACAUUUGCUUUCGCAGUGGGGAAGACGAUGAGGAUAACAGUGGCAUCUCCAUCUUAAUUGUAAUGAGGUUGGCCGAUGGCAAAAACAUCGGGGCCUGCUCACUGUACAAAACCCCCACUUUCCUAACUCUUUCCCAGAGGCACCUGAACAUCAUUGUGGGCUUCGACGACGGCAGCAUCGCCACGUACACCGUAGUGGAUCGCGUGGAUGCCGCCCUGAAAAUCAAAAUUGCUACGUCCAACAGCCGGCAGAUUUUCAACAACGCCACUCAGUUGAGGCCAAAGUGUCACCAUUAUAGCUUCAAGGCCACCGCAGACUGCAUCUGGAGGGAAUCCACAGAGGUGUUUGCGAGAGACAGUCCCAUCACCGUGGUGGAUGCGGAGAGCAGCGACGCCACUCCCACCAAAAAACACAACUAUUGCUACGACAAAGUGUGCUCCGCCAUCGACUGCAGAGUGUUCACCGCUGGCAACUGAGCAUCGAUCAAGGAGUCAGCUCGCCCUUCCGCGUAUCCGAUAUUGCGUUUAUUUGUAUUUUGGUGCAAGCCCGUUUUUAAAAGAGCUGAAUCAAAACUAACACAAUUCAUGAGGCAAAGAGAAAAAUACUCAAAUGGGAGGCUUGGUCCACAGUCUUGACUGAAACUUUCAAGCAAUAUUGUCUGGUGCAGUCUGCCAUUUUUAAAAUGGUGGUGAAGAAGGCUUUUAAAUAAGUAACGAGGCUAUAUUUCAUAUUGGAAUGAGGUGGAUCAAGCAUUUUUUUAAAAAAAAAAAAUCCAGGUGACCAGAAGCAAUUUUAAAUUGAUGCUAACUUGCAAAAAAAAAAAAUGGGCUUUUUUCUUUCCUUCUGAUGGUGUAUAACCGAGAUGUUAUAUCUCACCCUGAAAGAGUUUGAUGCAUUCCAUAAACAUUUGAAAUAGCAGCUAUUAGAACCCCUACACAAACAUACAAAAUAAUUGUUUUAAAAACAAACAAACAGCAAAGGGAUUUUUCAGCCAGCGAAUAGCACUAGUUCUCCCAGGUUUCAGUCAGGACGAUCAUACCGUAUAACUCUUUUGUCUCUACAUUUGGUGAUCUGUAGCGUUGAUUCGUUCUGCUUGGUUUUUCCUCUUAACCUGCUUCAUGUAGAGUAGCAGGUGAAUUAAUGAAAAAGUCACCACAUAAGGAGCUAAGAAAUUGUCUUUGAAUUAAAAACAUUCUGAGUUGCAAACGUUUUAAAUGUCGACUAAAGUUUUCGAUUGCAAAAGUAUAAUUUUUACAAAAGUGCUGUAAAGCAGGAGUGUGCAACUUGGGCAACUUGAAGAUUUGUGGACUUCAACUCCCAGAAUCCCCUAGUCAGCCACGGUGGAUUCUGAGAAAUGAAGUCUACAAGUCUGAAAAGUUGCCCAGGUUGGACCAUGUUUUCAAGGAAGCAGCUUGGUCUGGAUCUCGUGCUGUUUUCUAUAUUCUUCACAACGACUUUCAGUAUGAUGAUGAAGAGAAGAUUUUUCCAUCCGAAAGAGCAUUAGGAACCGUCCACCCCAUUCCAUCCUCUCUUUUUACAUCAAAGGACACCCUUCUGAUCCGUUCUGUUCUAAGGAAUCCUUGCAGGGAUCAGAACGGUAAGGAUCACACAUCCUGACCCAUUUAGUGCUUGCCUUAUUGUCGUUCCUGUUCUUUCCUGCGUGAAACACAGAUGCGAUGACCAAAUUACUCGGGGACUCAAGUGACACACUCGCUUAUGUGCUGAAAAACAAGCAAACAGACAAAAAAAUAAUAAUAAUUCUGGCUGCCUAAAGAGUUCUUUACUGUUACACUUUGUAAUAAAUUUCUUACUUCUCUGUACAAUAUCAUACUCUUCCCUUCCUGCUUUGGGCUGGCCUUUUAUAAGAUUUUAUCACUUUGAAACCUGGGGUUAGGAAAAAUAGGGAUGUAAUUCUGGUGUUGUUGUUUUUUUAGCUCCUGUCCUCCCGUUCUCCUAUUCCUGCCUUUUCUAACCUAGAGCUCUCUCCAGAUAGCCUUUAGAGAUUAUGGGACUUGUAGUCCAAACACAUCUGUAUGAAUGAUGCCCUGUUGGACACGCACAGCUCGAUUAAGUAUGUGAGUUUCAGAUGGAUAAUCCCUCCCAUUAAUUACAGAAAGUAGAAAGUACAUCUCCUAGUGUGGCUAGCUUAUGUGUGUAGGCCUGUCUUCCAUUUUUAAAAUAAAGGCGACUUGUGUCCCAUCCCAGCUGGUGUGCAUUUUGUAAUAGAAAUUUAUCAUGCCAGUUUUGUCAGCCCAUAUUUAUUUAUUUAUUUAUUUAUGAGACUUAUAUACCGCUUUAAGUGCAAGCACACUCUCUAAGUGGUGUACACCAGUAAGCAAUGUAUAUAUAUAUAUUUACAUUGCC